AUGAACGUUCUCGAAUGGCAGCCUCAAGCAAGUUUGUUCUCCCUGGGCAAGGUGCUCAACUUCUUCCCGGUGGGCGGAGAGCACGAGUGCCAACCUGUUGGCCAAACGCUGGCUCGAGCUGGCAUUUGCCUCAACCCGUACGACUGCCGGCAGCGAGACGGCAAGGCGGCUGGUGACUGCGCGCACGGCCUCGGUGUCUGUUGCGUGUUCGAGGUCACUUGCGGAGGAACGGUGCAGAACAACCUUACUUACUUCAUGUCACCGGGGUUCCCUGACUUAUGGUACGGUGAAAAGGACUGCAACAUAACCGUGGAGAAAACUCAUGCGGGGAUCAUGCAACUUAGGAUAGACUUCGUACAUUUCACUCUCGGUCAGCCGAACCGCACAACUGGUGAAUGUGACGAGGACGCCAUGAUAGUCGGCGAAGGAGCUACCAACUUUACCGUGUGUGGGCAAAAUCAUGGGCAACACAUAUACUACAACCUGCCAACGGACAGUGAGAAGCGAGAAGAAGACGAGCUAGCCGGCACAGUGCCGACGCGGGUUACGAUACGAGCGCGAGACGAAGAGACGCCGCGGCUGUGGCUGCUGCGUCUUGCGCAGCUGCCUCUAGCACAUGCCGCGCCGCAUGCCUGCCUGCAGUACCACACCGACAACAAUGGUACAAUAAAGACGUUCAACUACGCAGUAAACGGCCGCCAUCUUGCCUCUCAGGACUAUCGGACCUGUGUGCGGAGGGACGUGGGCUUCUGCUCCAUCCGAUACUGGCCCUGUGACCCCAACUCCUUCAGGAUAGGGCCGAGCACUGGCAUGCCUAUGGUCAUCGACCCGGCUGAUAGUCCGCAGAUGGAUGAGCUGUUGCCGGGCGAAACUCAAGACGACAUGCUAGAGGGAUCUGGUGACGAACCUCAACCUGCAGCUUCAACGCCGGCACCCGGGCUUGCAUCCAGGAUCUGGAGCUUUAUCUGGCCGUCUUGGCUGUGGGGUCAGUGGGGGCGGUCGCUGGGUCGCUGGUCUCCGUACACGCAGCAUCUGGGGUCCAGCGAUGCGCUGCGCUACUACGGCUACGGGAACUUCGGCGUGGGGCUGCUGGGACACGGCCGCUUGAGAUGUGCCGACAGAGUUACUAUACCUUGCGAGAAUGAAUAUUUUGUCGGGUCGUCGUUCUUUACCCCGGGCGUUUGCGACCCACAUCACUGCGGCAACAACUUCUGCCCGGGUGAGCAGCACCGGAACUGCAGGGUUGAGAGCUCGAUCACACCAUUCGCAGUGUCAGUGCACUUCGGACCGCCGACACUCAAGAGGAGCCCGGAGGAUAAUAUUGGGAUGUGCCUGAGGUAUUCACAGGUCCCAUGUAAUUCUUAG